AUGUGGCAUGUGACUGGCUCAACAAAGAGGGGAGGGGUGCGCCCAAGAAAAACCUCUGAAGAAUUUAAACUCGUGAAAGCUUCGCCGUGGUGUGUGCAUUUGCCUCAAACUUCUCGGGGACUGCUUUCCGUAAUGUGGCCCCUGAUAAUCAGUUUCAUGGUAUGUUUGGCGCCCAGCUAUCAACAGUUCCCCCGUCUGUGCGCCACUCGUGAAGCUUUGCGCACCAAGGAGUGCUGCCCGGCCUGGGAAGGGGACGGCUCACCCUGCGGAGCCAGCUCGGGUCGAGGCUUCUGUCAGGAUGUGGAGGUGUCGAACCAGCCCGACGGGCCACAGUACCCCUUCUCUGGGUUGGACGACAGAGAGAGGUGGCCCUUGGUUUUCUACAACCGGACUUGCCAGUGCGCAGGGAACUUCAUGGGUUUUAACUGCGCGGACUGUAAGUUUGGAUAUUUCGGCGUAAACUGCAACGAGAGGAGAGAGUCUCUGAGGAGGAACAUAUUUCACCUGUCCAGAGCCGAGAGGAUCAAACUUGUGUCCUACCUGAACUUGGCCAAGCAGACAGUCAGCAGGGACUAUGUUGUGGUCACCGGGACCUACCAGGAGAUGGAGAACGGCUCCAACCCGAUGUUCUCUGAUGUGUCUGUGUAUGAUUUAUUUGUGUGGAUGCAUUACUAUGUGUCCCGGGACGCGCUGUUGGGUGGGCCCGGGAACGUGUGGACUGAUGUGGACUUUGCCCACUGGGCGCCUGCCUUUCUCCCGUGGCACCGCGUGUACCUGCUGCAAUGGGAGCACGAGAUCAGGAAGCUGAGCGGAGACACGAGCUUCACCAUCCCCUACUGGGACUGGAGGGAUGCCCAGGGAUGUGACGUGUGCACGGACGAGCUGAUGGGAGAGCGCAACCCCCAGGACCCCAGUCUUCUCAGCCCAGGCUCAGUCUUUUCUUCUUGGAGGGUACUGUGCUCCCGAGCCCAGGACUACAGUGACAGAGGUGUGUUAUGUGAUGCCAGGGAAGAAGGCCCAUUACGUCGAAACCCAGGAAACCACAAUCGUAGUGUGGUUCAACGAUUACCAACUUCAGCAGAAGUGGAGUUCACUCUCAGUCUGACCAACUAUGACACCGGAGCCAUGGACCGCAGUGCCAAUAUGAGCUUCAGGAACACUCUGGAAGGAUUCGGGGAUCCUCAGACCGGGUUGGGAAACAGUUCACGCAUGAGCAUGCACGCUGCUCUCCAUGUGUUCAUGAACGGCUCCAUGUCCUCUGUGCAGGGCUCAGCAAAUGACCCCAUAUUCCUUCUCCACCAUGCUUUUGUUGACAGCAUUUAUGAAGAGUGGCUCAGGAGGCAUAGACCAUCUCCAUCACAGUACCCAAGGGCUAAUGCUCCCAUAGGGCACAACAGUGAAUACAACAUGGUGCCCUUCCUGCCCCUUCACAGAAAUAUUGAAUUCUUCAUCUCCAGCAAGGACCUGGGAUAUGAAUAUUCAUAUCUGCUAGAUGCUAACCAGAGGUUAGCAGAAUCCAUACGUCCAUACCUGGAGGAACUGCAGGCUGUGUGGCCCUGGCUGCUGCUUGCAGGGCUUUGUGGAGGAAUUGUAUCAGUGAGCAUAGCCACUGCUGUCCUAACUGUAAAACGGCGAUACAGAGGGUCACCUUGGCUGCAUGGGAGGAGGUGGAAAAACUUAUUUGCUCUCCCAGAAAGACAGCCACUUAUCUGGAGCAGUGACACAGAGGAAAGCAACGACCGUAACUACCAAACAAAUAUAUGAAGGCGCAGACAGUCCGGUGUGGUCACGCACACAUCCAUAAAUUUUAAUAUCAAAGCACUGUGAAUCAUGUAUUACAUUAAGCCUAUAAUCUUUCUUUGUGUUUAAAUGUUGCAAUGGGUCAUCAGGCAUGUUAAAAUUUGAAUGUUCUGCAACUUGUCAAGUCCUACACAUCAGAUGAUUUCAGACAGGGUCUGUGCAACAGUUACGGUUUAUAUCACGGAAAUGUUCCAUGAUGACUUUUCACAAUUUUUUUUUUUUUGGUUUCGGCUGAUUACCUUCAAAAUCUGGAUCUGCAGCAUGUUCAGUCAUCAGUCAUGCACGCAGGCAUUUAUUAUGAAGAAAUCUAAUAUACAAACUCUUCAGAUAAUUCUACAGAAGCCUUGAGGGACUUGUUAAUGAUCUUCACGUGGGAGUCAGUGUUUUUGAUUAACGUCUAAACUAAAUCAUGGUUGUGGUGUGAGAUGUGUUGAGAAGCUGAUAGUGUCUCUGCAGGUGUCACGGACUGAGACAUCUCCCAGCACCAGGAGUUCUUUAAGAGUUAUGUAAUAGUUUAAAGAACUUUGACAUUUGUAAAAGUCACUGCAAUUCCCGUAAGGUGCAUGUGGUUCUAAAUCCUCACUGGAAAGGUCACACCUGCUUAAAUUCAACACAAGUGUUUCAUUUCUCGAAGUCUCAACUCUUAGAAGAGUCUGCCGUUAAUACCGCUCUUAACAAAACUCUCUCUGCAUAUGCUCUAUGUGUGCAGGAGGAUGUAAACCAGUUUGAAAAGUUGAACACAAAAGUUUAUUUUUUGGUAAGAUAAAUCCGUUCCCUAUAUCAUUUUACCCAUAGGUCAUGGUCUCAUUCAACCACAUUUAACUCAUACAUUCUAAGCCCAGAGACAUGCUUAGCAUAGCAUUUUUAUAAUAUAAUUACUUUGCUCAAAAUACUUUAUAUUUGGUUGCCAUUCUCAGAUAUUACAGUACAUUCUCAUUAUUAAAACUGUUUGGACAAAAAAAAUGAGGAGAUAAUUACAGCAUUGAUUAUUUGGAAGCAAAACAUGUACAAAAUAUGCAUUAGGUAGAAUUGUGUAAAAAAAACAACUUUAGAGCAAAUCUGCAAUUUUACCUGUGGGAAAAGGUGAGAUAGUCCGCUGGCAAACAUUUCACUUCCAAGUCUAAGGGUGCCAAGGAAGUAUAGUAUUUAUUUUAACAGUUUAUUCAGAAUAAACUCCAUAUGAUACAAGUGUGGACAUUUUUAGAGAUCCAAAUUUCAAACUACACAGAGCAACUUCAUUAUCAUGAGUGUAUAUCUGUGAAGACAACGUUUGACUGAUGUGAUCCAUGUGGGAACAAAAAAAAA